GUUUGGCAGCAGUACUUGGCCUGGGUGUCAGUCGCUGUCGCCUUGGCCAGUAUAGCUGGCAUUCUUGUUUGCUACAUCGAUCCCUUUGCUGCGGGCUCUGGGAUUCCAGAGAUAAAGUGCUACCUCAACGGCAUCGAGCACUUUCCGAGUGUGGUUGGUUUGAAGACACUGUUGGCCAAAGCCGUCGGCAUCGUCUUCAGCGUCUCUGCGGGUCUUCCCUGUGGUAAGGAAGGGCCCAUGAUCCACAGUGGUGCCAUCAUUGGUGCAGUCGUAGCCGGUUUCCGAAUAGACCGCAACAUCAAGCCGUACGUCUACACCCAGGAGGUUCGCGACCUAGUGGCUGCUGGCGCCUCUGCCGGGGUCUCCGCGGCUUUCGGCGCUCCACUAGGCUCGGUUCUCUUCGCUAUCGAAGAAGGCUCCAGCCAUAUGAAUCCUCAGAUCAUGCUGCUCAGCUGCAUUGGGCUGGAUGUCGACACGGCUUUUCGUGGCCUGCGCCGUGGCGGCCCUCGUGUCAAGGAUUUCUUAGACCGAGAAUCCGCCAGUUCUGGGGCAGAAGGGCAGGAGAUGGAGAUGCGCAAAAUCUUUCAUGACCAUGUCGGGCCAUUCAGCAGCCACGCGCUGACCGGACCCAGUGGCUGGCGUGUUCCAGUCAGCUUCGGCCGCUUCUCGAACAUGGACUACCACAUACAGGAGUUCGCACUGUUUGGGCUGAUGGCCGUCUGUGGAGGACUGCUCGGUGGCCUCUUCAACUGCUUGAACAAGCGGUUGACUUUGUGGCGCCAAAGACACAUUGGAGGGCGCGGUCACAAGCGAUUCCUGGAAGUUUUGCUUGUCACCUUCGUCGUUUCGUCUUUCGAUUUCCUGGUAGUGGCACUGUGUUCUGACAGUCCGCUCACGUUGGAGGACCUUCCUCCCACGAUGGAACUCUACUGGAACCUUGGUGCCAAGGCCAUGAAGAACCUCUUCCACGGGCAGGAAAACUAUCACUGGGGCUUCUUGCUGCUCUUCGCUGUCAAAAACUUCUGCUUCGCUUGUUGGAACUAUGGAACAGGGGUUCCCAGUGGCCUUUUCAUUCCUUCUCUGCUGACUGGCGCCGCCUUCGGGCGACUGGUGGGACAGUUAGUAGCAGUGCUCAGAGACCUUGACACAAACGGCAACUCCCCGUUCUCGUUCGUGGCCCAGCCUGGUACCUACGCUCUCAUAGGAGCUUGCUCCAUGCUGGCGGGCACAGCGCGCAUCACGAUCUCCUUG